AUGGCAUCUCUGAAAGAUCUUGGUUAUCAAUUCAACAACGAUGGCGAGCUGAGAAAAAUUGAGGAUGGUAGCCGAUUCGUCUUCACAAAUCAAUCCGAUUACGAACAGAUUGGUAACGCAAUGACAAGGGAGCUGUAUGACAUACUCGAGAACCGUUGCGGUCUCAUGAAGUUGGAUAUCCCGGUCAUGGUUGGGUCCGGUCAUGGUGAUUUUGCUGAGUACAAUGGAUUCGUUUAUGCCUCAUAG